AUGUCGAAAACAACAUCUUCUGAUCGAUUAGGUCAGUGGGAGGACGACGACUCGAACCGUCCUCACAAGAAGGUGAAGUAUUCACCAACCAUAUCAGAGACGAACGUGAUAGAGGAUGAUGCAGAUUCGUCGACCAAGAGGAACCGUUCAAUCAUAAAAGCACCAGAAAGUGAUUCGUGGGUGGUGACUCGUUAUCUAGGAAGCGACUCAUACAUCUCUGCUUACUUAGCCGUCAGAAAGACCGACGGAGACGGAGACGAAGACAAACUUCCUAACGAGAUGGUCAUCAAGUCUAGUGUGCUCUCUCAAUCAGCAUAUCUCAUGAACGAGGAAAAGUUCUUAAAUUGUCUCAAAAGCCCGUUCAUCGUCUCCUGUUACGGCCACGAGAUGACAGAUGAGGAAAACGACAAGAAGCUUUUCAACACAAUUAACGAGUACUGUCCUGGCCAAUCCCUUGCGAAGCACGUCAGGUCCAACGAAGGAGGCUUACCUGUUGAUGAUGUGAAGAGAUUCGCUAGUGAUAUCUUGUUUGGUCUCAAGUGUAUACACGGAGAAGAGAUCAUUCACCAUGACAUCAAACCAGAAAACGUGUUACUCAAGCCAGCGAAUAAACGAAUUAGGGCUUCUGGGUUUAUUGCUAAGAUAUCUGGUUUUGGUAACGCGAUGGAGAAAGGCUGGAUUGAGGAUGGUGAAAACUGGUAUCACAGGAGUGGAACCGCAAGGUUUAUGUCACCUGAGCUUAUAGGGGAGAAGGUUUUGGACUAUGGUGCAGAUGUGUGGGCUUUUGGGUGUACUGUGCUUGAGAUGUUGAGUGGAGAACAGGUUUGGGGAGAGUAUGGUGAGCUUGAUUGGGAUGAUUGGGUUACUCUUGUUAGUAAAAGUGGUCUAGCUCCCUCUAUUCCUGAUUACUUGUCUGAAAAGGCUAAGGACUUUCUCAAAAAGUGUUUGGAGAGAGACCCUGCUAAAAGGUGGUCUGUUGACAGUUUGAUCAAACAUGAGUUCUUGACUGAUGGUGAUGAUGAAGAAGAAGAAUAUGAGGAAGAAGAUGGGGAAGCAUAUGAAGAAGAAGAAGAUGAAGAAGAAGAAGAAGAUGAAGAUGAUGAAUUAUAUGAUCCUGAGGUGGUAGCUUAUGAAGCAAAUCUAGAAGUUGAAGCUGCAUUUGAAGAAGAAGAAGAAGAAGAAGAGGAGGAGGAGGAGGAGGAAGGAGAAGAAGCAAUUGAAAUUGAUGAAGAAUACCCUAAAGAGGAGGAUUCGGACGAAGAUCUAUAA